AUGGUUACAAGUACCUUAUCUAUUUUCUCUUAUGAUGUGUAUACAUUGAUAGACCCAGAGGAUACCCUAUCAUAUGUUACUCCAUUUGUUGCUAAGAAAUUUGGUGUAGAGCCAGAGUUAUUACAUGAGCCAUUUGAAGUAUCGACUUCAGUAGGAGAAUCUAUUAUAGCUAGAAGGGUCUAUUACGGGUGCCUAGUAACAAUCUAUGGCCGUGACACAUUGGCAAAUUUGAUAGAGCUAGAAAUGGUUGAUUUUGAUGUCAUUAUAGGAAUGGAUUGGUUGUCAUUUUGUUAUUCAACAGUUGAUUACCGAGCCAAAGUUGCUCGAUUCCAUUUCUUGGGCGAGACAGUCCUAGAGUGUAAAGCUGAGAAACAGAUGGCAACUCUUCACUCUGUUCCCGUUGUGAAUGAAUAUCCAGAUGUGUUUCCUGAAGAACUUCCUAGACUACCUCCAAUUAGAGAGAUUGAUUUUGGUAUUGACGUAGAUCCUGGUGACAUCUUGAUAUAUUCAUGUGAUGCCAGAGAACAUGAAAAUCACCUGAGAGCUGUCCUACAAACACUCAGUGAGGACCAACUAUAUGCCAAGUUCUCUAAAUGUGAAUUCUGGAUUAAAUCUAUGGCUUUUCUUGGCCAUGUGGUCUCUAGUGAAGAGGGCUUCCCCUCUAUUUGUGCACCAUUGCCCAAUUUGACGCAGAAGGCAGUGAAGUUCCAGUGGUCUGAUGCGUGUGAGAAAAGCUUCCAAGAGCUGAAAGAUAGAUUGACUAAGGCACCAGUAUUGGCCUUACCAGAGGGUACAAAGGGGUAUGUAGUUUAUUGUGAUGCUUCAGGCAUUGGCCUAGGGUGUAUCUUGAUGCAGCAAGGGAGGGUGAUAGCCUACGCUUCUCAAUAA